AUGGAGAAACGGGAGAAACCCGCGUCCGUGGACGAGGCGGAGGGGAUGGAGUCCAGCGCGGAAACGUACGCCACCAUCAUGGCAACGAAUAAGCCGGAUCCCCGGGGUCCCGGAUACAUCAAGCUGUAUAUUCUGGCUGGGAUGGUGUUCCUUUGCUCCACCAUGAACGGUUUUGAUAGUUCGUUAAUGGGCUCAAUCAAUGCCCUGCCCAAUUACACCCAGUACUUCGGGCUUCCGGCUAAUGGGAAUGCUUCAACCGGAAUCGUGUUUGCCAUUUUUCAAGUUGGCCAAAUGUGCGGAGCCCUCUUCAUCUGGAUGACCGACUGGUACGGACGAACGUGGCACAUCUUCUUCGGGUGUCUAGGCGUGUGCCUGGGCACGGUCGUAACAGCGCUGGCGACGAACCUGCCCAUGUUCAUCGGCGGGCGCUUCCUCCUGUCUUUCUUCGCGACGUGCGCGCACACCGCGGCGCCGCUGUACCUCAUCGAGAUCUCGCCGGCCGCGUACCGGGGCACCAUUGCCGGCGCCUACAACACCUUCUACAACGUGGGCUCGAUCCUGGCCACGUCGGCCGUGUACGCGUGCCACCUGCACCUCGCCGACCAGGGCGACCUCGACUGGCGCAUCCCCCUCUGGCUGCAGAUGGCCUGCCCCGGCGCGGUCUGCUGCCUGAUCAAGCUCUACCCCGAGUCCCCGCGCUACCUCAUCGCCAGGGACCAGCACGAGAAGGCCAGGCAGAUCAUCACCAAGUACCACGCCAACGGCGACCCGACCCACCCCCUCGUCGAGCUGCAGAUGAGGGAGAUGGUGGCAACCAUCCAGGGCUCUCCCCGCGCUACCUGGAGGGAUCUCUUCGACCUCAAGGUGCUCGUCGAGUCGCGCUCGAGCAGGUACAGGCUGAUGCUAAAUGUCGCCUUCUCUUGGUUUGGCCAAUUCAGCGGCAAUAACAUUAUUAGUUAUUACCUGCCCUUGAUGUUGACCGGCAUCGGUAUUACCGACACGAAUACCAAACUGAUCCUCAACAUUAUCUACUCCGUGAUCGGGUGGGUCUUCUCUAUCGGGGGCGCCCGUCUGCACGAUGUAAUAGGCCGCCGCAAGAUGCUGUUGGGCAGCACCCUGGGCAUGACUAUCUGUCUUGCCCUGGUGGCUGCCGGCGCGGCCGGCAAAGUCGAGUACGGCAACGAUCAGGCCGCUACGAUGUCCAUCGUUUUCAUCUUCUUCUUCGGGGCUGUCUUUGCUACCGGCUAUACCCCUAUGCAACCCAUCUACCCGGCCGAAGUGGUGUCGAACAAGAUGCGAGCCAAGGCGAUGGGGACGUUCAAGAUCACCGUCGGCGCCGCUGGUUUCCUAAACACCUUCGUCGGCCCCAUCGCGUUGAGCUCCAUCGGCUACUGGUUCUACGUCUUUUUCGUGUUCUGGGAUACCUUCGAGUUUGCCUUCAUUUACUUCUUCUUCGUCGAGACCAAGGGGAUGACCCUGGAGGAGCUAGACGCGGUUUUCGAGGCGAAGAAUCCGCGGAAGGCGAGCCUAGAGGCCAAGAAGAGGCAGAAGAGAAUCAUGGAGGCGGGACUGCCGAGUAAGAAGACAACCGUAUAA